UGUGUGUGUGUGUGUGUGUGUGUGUGUGUCAGAGGCCCUGGUAUUUGCUUUGUCACCAGUUAGUUAAUAAAGGACAAUGCCCUAUUAUUGUGAAGAACGAGAAGAGAACAACAACUCCUACUUCCUAGUGAUGACACUUAAGACCUGGACAGCAGCUCGGGACCACUGCAGAGCACAACAGGCAGACCUUGUCAGUAUCAGGAAUGAAACAGAAUUCCAGAUGGUGAAAACUAUCAUUGGAGGUUAUACUGUCUGGAUAGGUCUGUACUGGAAUUCUUCCACUGGCCAGUGGCAAUGGGCAGAUGGAUCAUUUACAUCCUAUCAGAAUUGGGAGAAUUAUCAGCCAGACUUUUAUAGUGGAUUUGAGUUUUGCAUUCACAUUGUUGUGAAGUAUUAUGAUCUUCCAUUUGGACUAUGGAAUGAUUGCCCUUGUAUGACUCUCCAGUACUUUUUGUGCUAUGAAGAAAUCAGUGCGGAGUUCUACCUGAUAAAAGAGAAAAAGACAUUUCUGGAAGCCACGUUCUACUGCAGGAUGUUCUACACUGACAUCGUGAGUGUAUCUUAUCAUGAGACACAGCGGCAGGUAGCAAAUGUUGCCAGUAACGCCAGUGAUAAUGAGGUGUGGAUCGGAUUACGCAAACAUCAGAAUUCUGGUCAGUGGAUCUGGAUGAAUGAAGAUCCUGUUUCCUACACCAACUGGGACAAACAAGCAGAUAGCCAGGCAUCAGGUGACUGUGUGAUGCUGACACGGGACAAAAACUUUACUUGGAGUAAGAGUUGCUGUUCUUCAAGAUACGAAUUCAUCUGUUACAACUAAAUCCUUAUGAAUAGAAGGGUCUCCUCUUAUUAUCACUUAAAAUUUAUAUUAUUUCAACUGAAUGAUUAUUUGGACUUUCAUGAUAGCUAUGAGAUUUAACUUUCUUUUACCUAACUAAAGAUUUACAAAUGAAACAGUAAUAGAUAAAGUAGAUAUGAUU